AUGGAUCAGAAAAGGAAAAGACUGUCUGGAAGCCAAUAUAAAAAGAAACGCUUAAAGAAAGAUGAAGAAGGAAGAAAGCUAAGCCAUGUCAUGAAAGAAUUCUUGGUCCCUAAGCCUCAGUCAGAAGCGUCUACAUCCACAUCAACAGCAACCUCUUCGGAUGUGGUGGACUCAUCAGUGCUGUCUGAAUCACCUCCUAAAGAAGUUGUUGAAGAAAGCCAAGAAAUCACACUCCCAGAAGAUUAUCAAGAGCAGGGUAGCAAUAGCAGUGAGUUCCAGCAAAUAGACAAGAUCUCUGAUCCUGCACUAUGGAAUAUUUUCUGCAUGUCAUCCAAAACUCGUCAGAUACUGGUUGAGAGAGGUCCACAUCAAGUUAAAGACCUGGAAUUUCCUAUCAACACAGGAAGGCGCAAAUUUUCACCCUCUCAUUAUUGCAAAGUAUUAAGCAAUGGUGAAAUUGUUGAGAGAAAUUGGUUGAUUUACUCUGUUACAACUGAUGCCGUUUUUUGCUUUUGCUGCAUAUUGUUUGAUAAUUCGUCUUCCCAUGAUUGGUCUAAAAAAGGUUAUUCUGACUGGAGAAAUCUUGUACGUGCGCUCACAAUGCACGAAAAGUCUGCAAAUCACAGAAACUCUUUCAGACAAUGGAAAGAAUUUGACACUCGUUUAAAAAAGAACCAAACUAUUGAUGCCGAAUAUCACAAAGUUAUGGAUUUGGAAAUUCAGCACUGGAGAGGAGUUCUAAAAAGAAUUAUUGCAAUAAUUAGACUAUUGGCUUCACAAUGCUUAGCCUUUCGAGGAACAAGUGAAUAUUUGUUUCAACCUAAUAACGGAAAUUUUCUAAAGCUGGUUGAAUUGCUUGCCGAGUUUGAUCCAGUUAUGGAAGAACAUGUCAGAAGAGUUCAACGAGAGUCUGAUAAAUG